UUCACAUUGGAGUGUUUCAGUUCGCUUGAGAUGCUGCCCUCACACGCAGCUUUACAGAGAGCCAAUUUGUUGUGUCUUUCAGUUCAAAGAAAGAUUACCGGUAACAACAAAAACAGGAAUGAAUUUCGGAAAGCGUCAAUAUAACCUUAACGAGGGCGGUGGAAAGAAGGAGAAGACUCCGCCGGAAUGACACCUCACAAAGAGACGCGUCUCCUCGCGCUCCGCUCGUGAAGAUCGUCAAACGGAUUUUAAAGUGGCGCGGAGCGGCUCUCGCGCACAACCAGCCGUCAAUCAUGCCGGUGCGACGGGGUCACGUUGCGCCGCAGAACACGUUUCUCGGGAUUAUUAUUCGCAAAUUUGAGGGUCAAAACAAGAGAUUUGUCAUAGCCAAUGCACGCGUCCAAAACUGUGCCAUCAUCUAUUGUAAUGAUGCCUUUUGUGAGAUGACGGGGUUUUCCCGGCCAGACAUCAUGCAGAAGCCCUGCACCUGCGACUUCCUGCAUGGGCAGCUGACCAAGCGGCACACCAUCGCACAGGUAGCACAGGCUCUGCUCGGCUCAGAGGAACGCAAAGUGGAGAUCACUUACCACCGCAAGGAUGGAUCAGACUUUCAGUGCACAACACACAUAAUUCCUGUGAAGAACCAGGAAGGCGUGGUCAUGAUGUUCAUCUUGAGCUUUGAUUAUAUGCUGAAGGAGGGCAGCAUGGAUUCAUUAGACCGACUCAACCACACCUCUCCAGCCAGACUAGAACAAAAAAAAGGACGUUUCUUCCGUUUUUGUCUGCCUGCACCACUGAGCAUGCUGGGAGUGAGUAAACAGUCUCUCCCUCAGGAGGACCCGGAUGAGGUGACCAUCCAUUCGGCUGAUCAGAAUGAGAAACACUCAUCCUGCUCGUCAUCUCUCUCUCUUUCCCUCUCUCCACGUGAACUCCACCCCCCCACCGGUGAGAGCUGUAGCCCCUCCUAUGGAAACGACAUGCGGGCUCUGAUUGGUCAGAGUUAUUUGGGGUCGUGCUCACCAAUAUCCGGGCCACAGGAUCACUCAUCUCCCAGGGUUCCCUGGGAACGGGUGGACACUCAGGAGCCUUUGGGCACUGCUUCCGGUAGGGCAUCGCGGGCCAGUAUGUGCACUAUUAGGAGAGCGUCAUCUACACAAGAUUUAGAAGGACUCAGCACGCAGAGGAUGUACCGUAAUCGCCAUGCUAGCGAAGAUAAUGGCCGUAGUAUUAAAGGUCCAUUUAAUCAGAUCAAGUCCAGCCUGUUGGGAUCCACAUCUGACUCGAACCUCACUAAGUACAGCACCAUCAACAAAAUCCCCCUCAUCACUCUUAAUUUCUCAGAGACAAACAAUGACAAGCGAGCGUCCUCUCCUCAUUCCUCAGAGAAAACCAUAAUCGCACCAAAGGUCAAAGAUCGCACACAUAAUGUCACAGAAAAGGUCACACAGGUGUUGUCGUUAGGUGCAGAUGUGCUUCCAGAGUACAAGCUUCAAACGCCACGCAUGGACAAGUUCACCAUUCUACACUACAGUCCCUUCAAGGCUGUCUGGGAUUGGCUGAUUCUGCUGCUUGUCAUUUACACGGCCAUUUUCACACCCUACAGUGCUGCCUUUCUACUCAAUGACCUGGAGGAACAGAAAAGGCGUGAAUGUGGUUAUUCCUGCAGUCCUCUCAACGUGGUAGACCUCAUGGUGGACAUUAUGUUUAUUGUAGACAUUCUAAUAAAUUUUAGGACUACGUACGUCAACGCCAAUGAAGAGGUGGUCAGCCAUCCAGCUAAGAUAGCAGUGCAUUACUUCAAAGGCUGGUUCCUCAUAGAUAUGGUGGCGGCAAUCCCCUUUGACCUUCUCAUAUUUGGGUCAGGGUCAGAAGAGACCACAACACUGAUUGGCCUGUUGAAGACUGCCCGACUGCUGCGAUUGGUCCGUGUGGCGCGAAAGCUAGAUCGUUACUCAGAAUACGGCGCAGCUGUUCUCAUGCUCCUCAUGUGUAUUUUUGCACUAAUUGCUCAUUGGCUGGCCUGCAUAUGGUAUGCGAUUGGUAAUGUGGAAAAGCCCUAUCUGGAGCACACAAUUGGCUGGUUGGAUAAUCUAGGCAUGUCCAUAGGAAAGCAGUACAACUACAGUGAUCCCGCCUCCGGUCCGUCAAUCAAGGACAAGUAUGUGACAGCACUGUAUUUCACAUUCAGCAGUCUGACCAGUGUGGGCUUUGGGAACGUAUCACCAAACACCAACUCAGAAAAGAUCUUCUCCAUCUGUGUCAUGCUCAUUGGCUCUCUGAUGUAUGCAAGCAUCUUUGGGAAUGUGUCAGCUAUAAUCCAGCGGCUGUACUCCGGAACAGCUCGGUACCAUCUGCAGAUGCUUCGGGUCAAAGAAUUUAUCCGCUUCCACCAGAUCCCCAACCCUCUCAGACAAAGACUGGAGGAGUACUUCCAACAUGCGUGGACCUACACAAACGGCAUCGACAUGAAUAUGGAAGUACUGAAGGGUUUUCCAGAGUGCCUGCAGGCUGAUAUCUGUCUUCAUCUAAAUCAAAGUUUGCUCCAGAGCUGUAAGGCGUUCCGCGGAGCAACCAACGGAUGCCUACGGGCACUGGCAAUGCGCUUCAAGACCACCCACGCCCCGCCGGGUGAUACUCUGGUGCAUUGCGGGGAUGUUCUCACAGCCCUCUACUUCCUUGCCAGGGGAUCCAUCGAGAUCCUCAGGGAUGACAUAGUGGUGGCCAUCCUGGGUAAGAAUGAUAUUUUUGGAGAGAUGAUUCAUCUGUAUGCCAAACCGGGGAAAGCCAACGCAGAUGUUCGUGCGCUGAGCUACUGCGACCUGCACACCAUUCAUAGAGAAGAUCUUUUAGAGGUUCUAGACAUGUAUCCUGAGUUCUCAGACUACUUCCUGUCUAAUCUGGAGCUCACGUUCAACCUGCGUGAUGAGAACACCAAGGGUGCCACGGCUCCUCAGAGGAACCUCUACACGGCAGCGAGUGACUCGGAUACAGAAGAGCCCGACGUCAAGACUAAAGCCUGUUUUAAGAUGAAAAGCUCAGCAGGUACUCCGAACAGACCGAGCCGGUCAGAGAGGGAAAGGGGGAAGGAGCGAGAGGUUCACACGCUACCGGGAGAGGAGGAAGAGGAGGAGGAGGAGGGUGAGGAAGAGACUGCAAGGCCACUGGGUUUGAGGUUUCUGGGUCAAUCCUUUCCUGUCAACCUGAACACCAUUCCUAGCACAUACACCAAUGAUUGUGUUGAAAACAAUCUGUUUCACAAAGAGGUGUGUGCUGAAGAAUGGCCUUGUGGGAAUGCAGAUGACUCAGCAAAAUCUCAAGACAGAGAGGGAGGAGACGAUGGUGAAAGUGACAUCACGUUUGGAGAAAUGGAGCAAAGACUGGAUUUAUUGCAGGAACACCUGAACAGACUGGAAGCUCAGAUGACAUCAGACAUCCAGGCUAUUUUGCAGUUGCUCCAGAGGCAGAGUACUGUGGGACCUCCAGCAUACAGCCCUGUGGCCGUUAGCCCAGAGUACAUCAAACCUGUGCAGCCCGUCACUGCCAUACAAACACAGAGUCCUGAUUUAGAGAAGGCUUACAGCAAAGUCAAAGACUCCACACCUAUUGUUACCACAGAGAUGACCUCUGAUGUCAGCACAAAGACCCCACUGGUGACAGACCCAAAGUGGGGGGUGAAGUUGGGGCUGAAGCCAGUGGAAAACAAGCCCUCAGCUUCACAGCAGCAUAGAUCUCUCCAGCUGUCCAUCAGACAAGCGUCACUCCCAGAUUCAUCACCUGGCAGCAGCACAACGCCAGGGCUCCACAGGCCCUCCUCUGAUCCCGGACUUCCAGGGCAGUAAC